AUGGAGACGUUAGCGAAAAGAAACGAUUCAGAAGAAGCGGUUCUUCGGAUUCUUUUGCAUCAACUAGGUGAAGGGGAGUCAAGAUUUGGUUACAAACCUAUUCAGAAUGUUUUGUUGGAAGGUGUCAAAAUUUUUGAAACCCUUUUAAGGAGGUUCAUGGAAAUGAAACCUAAAUCUUCAAAUGAAGAAAAACAUCAGCUCUGGCAUGGGCUACUAAUCUUAAGAAAGAAGCUUGGCAACACUAGACAUGAUUUAGUCGGAGAAAUAUCGAAAUGGUUGCAAAAAUAUUUAUUGAAUGAUUUUGUUGUUUUGCCUUGUCCAUUUCAAGACGUUGAAAGCGCGAGUUAUACGAUGGAAACAAUAUUUCUUCCUGCAGUAAAGAGCAUUUUACAAGGAUCAAUAUGUCAAAAUGAAAACUUUUUUCAAUUUUUAACAACGACUUUACAAACAUCUGUUACUUGUGCACUUGACAAAUUGCUGUCAGAUGGAAAGAGUCUUCGGUAUCUAGCUAUGUUUUCAGACGCAGUGACCUUAGGAUACAAUAUAAGUACAAAAGAAAUCAAAAACACGCUGACAAUAAACGUUAUAAAAGAGUAUUCCCGGCGAUGUAAGAAAACUCUUAUGUUCUUUGGGGCCAUGAAAUGCUGUUCUGCAUCUGUUAUUCAAGCAUGGGCUUUAAAGAAUAUAAUAUUUCACCUUAUUAAUAAAGAUUGUGCCAUUGCUGGUUCCAAUACUUCUCAAGAAGAGAAAGCAAAGUUGUUCAGCAGCAUAAUAAAAGUCAUGCAUGAAAGAGGACUUAAAUUUGAGACAAAUGUACAAAAUAUAGUUCAGUCUACCACCCUUAGUUUAGAUAGCAUGUUGAAAAAAAUGGUUCAGGUUUCAGAGAUUUCAUUGUCAUAUUUCGAAGGAGACAAAGGGUUUGAUAGAUCUGCCCUCAUUGAAGAUUUUAUACCGGAACACUCUUCUUCAGAGAAGCAUAAACCAUUAUGGCAGAUUUUAACCCAAAUGGAUAUGACUGAAUUUUACCCAGGGAAGCUGACUCUACAAGAAGUAUUGAAAAUGCAUGAAAAUCAAUUUUCAGAACCAGACUCGUUCUCAGAGCUACCUUGGGUAAUGCUCAGAAAAAUUAUUGCAAUUAAUUUUGAUUUCAGGGAAAAAACUCUGCAUGAUUUGCUUCGAAAGCUUGAAUCCCAAUCGCAGCCAGAGAAGGAAGAACCUCCUGUUCGAAAACUCGUAUCAUCAAGAAAACCAAAAAAACAAACAAGAGAACAGUAUCACCCAGCAGAUAUUUUUCUUGCAAUAUUUCAGUGCUUUGAUUCAUUUCUUAAAAGACUUGUAGUACAGAAAAUGCAGGUUUGUCAAGUUGCCAUUCCCUUAGUAUAUCAGGAUUAUGAACGAGAGCUUCUUAGACUUUCUUUAUGGCCUAUUAGGGAAAUUUUUAUUGACGGAGGUUCAGAGUCUGUGGCUACAAAACAAUUGAGAACAGUUGCCUUUAUAGGAAUUGGUGAUAACAGAAAAGGUUCAAAAUCAAAACUGAUCAACCAGUUUUUGAGAAGCCAAAAUGAUGAACACAGUACUUUUUUUCACAAGGACUGUUUACUUGGAUUCCAUAGAAGAGUUUUUGCUAGCGGAACAAUCGAGGCAAGUUGGUAUAUUCCAAAGUCAAAAACGAGCACCGAUGACACCGGAAGUAAAUCGGAAAAAGAAAAAACUAUUGAAUGGCCUCUGACAGUACUAAAUCUUAGAGGAAAUGCAUUCACCUACCCAAAACAACUACAAUUUUUGCUAAAUUUGGCUAGUGCGUUGGUAGUUAUUAUUGACUAUGAAGAUAUAAAAAAGGAAACGUACUAUCCAAUCCUAAAGAAAAUUCAUGCAUCAGAGGCUCAUGUCAUAAUUGUAACAGAUUUGCCACAUGACGAGGAUGAGACGGAACAUUUUAUUCAAAUAUACGAAGAAAACACGGAGCUUACCUUCGAAAAAUGCUCUAUUCUUUCAAUUACCUCAGAGGGACGAUAUCUAAAUGAAAUAGAGGUAAAACAGUUUCUAAUCAACGAUGUAUAUGAUGCACUUCAACAUAGUACCUUUUCAAUGUCCCUUGAAGAAAUGAGUGAACAAUUACCAUCAGGCUUCUAUAGUGAUGAGGAACUACCAAAAUCCCUUUUAGGAAAACAGCUGUGUGACCAAAUUGUAUCUCAAAUAGAAGGUACACAACAGAAUACAAGACUACAGAAACAUGAUAUUCUACCACUUCAGGGUGAAGCUUUAUGGCAUGAAUGGAGUAACGAGCAAAAAGAAGGGCGUCGGUCAGGAAAAAGGGAAAAGUUUAAUGCUAACGACCCACACUUAGAGAGGAUGCGAAUAUUAAGAGUGAAACAAGUGUGCGUUUUCAAUCAAAUAAAUGACAUAAUGGCCCAGUUUGUCGAUAUUUUAGUAACGUGUAUCUGUGAUAAGGAAACAACAUUGUUUUUCUUAUCAUGGUUGCGUCAAUAUAUGGAUAGUCGUUCCAGAAUUAUUUUGCCUAAAGUUUUGAACAGAUUGAGAAGAGCUUUUUACGAAUUUGAAUCAAUCAGAUCACACAAAAGCUCAGAAAAAGAAUCGAAUAAAGAGAUAAAAAUGAUAGAACUCAAGUCAAAAAUUUCUGAAGAAGAGAGAAACUUGGCACAUUCUUCUUUCGGAUUAGAACAUUUUUUUAGGGAAAUGGGCCAAAUUUAUGAAGCUUUUAUGUACUGUCAAGAUGAUGCGAGUUGUACAAUCACCAUGAAAAGUCGGGAGAUUCUACAAUCUUUACCUAAGAUUGCCGCCAAACUGUUAGUUUGGGGACAACCACUUGAAGUCAUGGAUGGUGAUGCCGCAAAUGUUCCAUUGAAAUGGAUCAAUGCUGUUUAUACUGAAGUUUCAAGGAUAAUUGGAAGAAAUAAACGUCUCUUUGCUAUUUCAGUUUUAGGUAUCCAAAGUUCUGGAAAGUCGACCCUUCUCAAUACAAUGUUUGGACUUCAAUUUGCCGUAAGUGCUGGAAGGUGCACAAGGGGAAUUUAUAUACAACUCGUACCAAUUGACAAAACAAAAUCCUCCCUAAAGUUUGACUACGCAAUGAUUAUUGACACGGAAGGUUUACGUGCACCUGAGCUGGCUGGAGAAAAGGUUAAUCAUGAUAAUGAACUUGCAACUCUAGUAAUUGGCAUGGGAGAUGUUUCCAUUAUUAACAUAAAAGGAGAAACCAUUGCAGACAUGGAAGACGUUCUCCAAAUAGUUGUUCAUGCGUUGAUUAGGUUGAAACAAGCAAAUGAAAAAAUAACUUUAAAACAGUCUUGUAUCUUUGUUCAUCAGAAUGUUUCAGCACAGGAUGCAGACAAAUUAACAAUCCAAGGGAACCAAAAAAUUGUCAAUAAUUUGGAUAAAAUGACAGUAGAAGUAGCUACUGAGGAACAUGUGGCAAAUAUAAGAUCAUUUCAAGAUGUAAUCGGCUUCGACCCAAUCAGGCAUGUCAAAUAUAUUCCUGAUUUAUGGCAUGGUAGUCCACCGAUGGCACCAGCUAGUUCACAAUACAGCACAAGUGUUAUCGAAGUAGCAAAAUGCAUUCUUAUAGAUUUGACAAGUGAUGAAUCUCACAAUUACCUUUCUGUCGAAAACACAAAAGACCAUUUGCAAAGCCUUUGGAAUGGCAUAUUGUCCGAAAACUUUGUAUUCAGCUUCCGAAAUGUAUUAGAAGUUAAAGCAUACAGCUUAUUAGAAAAAAAAUUCCAAGAACUUACCUGGCAACUUGAUGAGCUGAAAUUAAAAUGGUUGAAUGACAGUGUUCGACCAAAGCUUAGAAAAUGUAUAAAAUAUGAUGAACUCGAUAGAUAUGAAAGAGAAAUAUAUGAAGAGUUUUCAAGAACCAUUAGUUCCAAAACAAAAGCGAUUACAGAGGAAUUGGAACUUUUUUUUAAAGAAUCAGAUUUAGCUGAGCAUAUGGUGCAUUGGAAAGGUCGAAAAAAUGCUGAACUUGAAUCAACUUCCCGUGCAAUAAUAAGUGACAUAAAACACAAAUUAAAUAUCGAAAAAGAAAAAUGCAAAACCUUAAUGGACAGUAAUAAUUGCAUACUAAAAAAUAAGAAAGAAAUUCAAGGAAAGGCUACAGAUUUUGCAAAAACUUUGAAGGGAAGAAAGGAAACGCCUUCAGAGGAAGAAAUAUCCAAACAGUUUGAUCAAGCUUGGAAACAAUGGGUUGAUGAUAUUGUUCGGGAUAAUCCAGAGAGAGAUGUUGACCUUGAUGUACAGGAGAUGAGAAGUCAUAUUGUCAGUCUGCUCUACGAUAGAUUUAGAAAAUAUGACCAACUUGUAGAAGAUGGCUUAAAAGCUCAGAAUAUUCAAAACUGGCGGGGAUCAAAUACACUUGCAAGAACAAUGGCGAUAAAUGAUAUCAAAUCAAACCAUAUAACAAUUCCCAGCGCUUGGGCAAAGAUCAAAAAUGCUUUUUCGCUUGAAGACUACAAAGCAAAAGCCUAUCACUAUAUCAGUUAUUUUAUAUUCUCAAAAAUUGAUACAUACAUCAAAAGUCUACCGGUUGAUAACGAAUACGACACUACAAUUUUCAGCCAGAUCCUUAAGUAUUGCAUUGAUGCAUUUCAGGAUCAUUUUAGGGAUUCUGCAAAUCAUGGAUAUACAAUUACGCACAAACUAGAAAUUACAGUCGUUCUCCAUGUUGCGAGAUUUUCAGUAUAUCACUUUACUAAGAUGAUUCGAGCCUUUAAGUUAAAGAACAGUAUCCACUCAAGAAUAGAGAGUAGCCGGCAGGAAACAGAGGCUCUUUUUAUUGGUAUCUGCACUGCAAAAGCAAAUGAAGUUAUAGUGUCCAAUGUUUUCUGUUUGGAGAUGAAGCCCUUAGUACACGAAAAAAUUGAGUGGGAACUAUCCCUUCACAUUUCAAGGGAAAUAAAUCAUCUUUUUGAGUUCAGAAAAUAUCCUUUGAUCAAGGCUAUCUUAAAAGAUUUAGCAGAAGAUGAUGAUUUUGACAAGUUUAUGCAGUACGUUACCUGCUGUGAAUCGUAUGCAAGAAACUGGAUUUCUGAAUUUACAAAGAAUCACUUUAGUAAACAGGUUGAAAAUGGAAUUACACCUUUCAAACGCUAUGCGAUUGAAGUGUUGGAAAAAAUAAUGAGUGAUAUAAAAAUAUCUGUUCGUAUGGCGUCCUGUGAACCCCAGCCACCGACGUCGGUUGCAGAAUGGAUAAAGAAAUUUCUCGUCAAUGUAAAAGAUCAAAGUUUUCAUUUUUCGGCAGAACCCUUUCAAUCUAUCAAAGAUCUAGGCAUAAGCAACUUUGAUGAUUUAUCGUCAUUAAUCAAAGAGCAAAUUGACGAAGUUAAACGCGAGCUGACUACAGAUUAUGAAAAAAGAGAUAUCAAAUCAGUAUCUUGGAAAGAUCCGUCUCCAUAUCAGGUCAUAAUUGAUAAGUUGUGGGGCUGUCCACAAACAUGUCCUUGGUGCAAGGAACCCUGCUCAACUGCGUCCAGGGACGACAAUCAUGACCAUAGCUGUAUACAACAUCGUCCACAAGGGGUCAAUGGUUAUCAUUGGAUAUAUAACAGAGAGCUUGUAUUAGAAACUUGCAAUUUUCUCAUAAACAGUGAAAGGAAAACACAAUGUAGCAACUGGUGUACCUGUUCUAAAAAAGAUCCGGGAGUAUUUCACCCAUACAAGAGCUACAAGACAUAUAUGCCAGGUUGGGAAAUAACUCCUUCCACAGAGAUAUCAAAAUAUUGGUCUUGGUUCAUCGGAAAAUAUGGAAAAACCCUAGCUGGGCACCACAAGUUAAUUCUUCCAGAAGUCUCUGAUGAAUGGGUUAAGAUGAAAAAAGAAAACGCAAUUUUGAGUCUCAGUGAGUUUGACCAGUGA